CUCUCCGCUAAGGAGGCUUGGCUUCGCGGCGGGUCCGCCCGGCGCGCCGCGGUCGUGAGAGCGCCGCUCCCGCCGGGUUUGCAGCGUCUCGCGUCUCGCCCGUGCGUCCUCUCCUUCCCUCGCGCUGCAGCCACCGUGGCCGUGGCAGCCUCGCUCUCGUCCCUGCGCCGCCUCUCCCGAAGCUGCCCCCGACUCUUUGGGUUUCCUUCUCCCUCUCCUGGCUUUUAACUCUUGCUAAUUCUGUAAGGGAUGGCGCAGCCAACGGGCUUCCCAGGCCAAACAUUUUUUGUUUGCAUGGUUCCUGGUCAGCAUAGAAAUGUGGAGUGUCUCGGCUGAAUCCUCAUGCAGACAAGAUCAUUAUGGUCCUGCUUGGAGACCGAGUUUCUACUCAUAAAUCAUCCUUGAAGUUGCCUGAUAGCUGAUGCUGUUUUAUAAGUAGAAGAGACCAGGUUGAAAAAGUGAUACAUUAGUUGAAGGAAACAAAGCGGAAAGCCUAGAAGGAAAAGAAGAUAUUGUUCUUUAGAUUGAUCCACAUGACCAGCCUAGUUGCUGUAAAAGAAGAAUCCACCAAAGGGAGUGAUUUAAGAUCCACUGCAGGUGUGUUAGCAGCACUGCGUCUGUAACAAAAGACUCACUACAUCUUGGAAGAGAAUGGCCAUUUCCCAGGGGGCAGCCUUUUUCAUGCUGGUAGUGUCCUGUGUUUGCAGCACUGUCUUCCACAGAGACCAACAGACUUGGUUUGAGGGUGUCUUCCUGUCUUCCAUGUGCCCCAUCAAUGUCAGUGCCAGCACCUUGUAUGGAAUUAUGUUUGAUGCAGGGAGCACUGGAACUCGAAUUCAUGUUUACACCUUUGUGCAGAAAUUACCAGGACAGCUUCCGAUUCUGGAAGGGGAAAUUUUUGAUUCUGUGAAUCCAGGACUUUCUGCUUUUGUAGAUCAACCUAAGCAGGGUGCUGAGACUGUUCAAGAACUCUUAGAGGUGGCCAAAGACUCAAUCCCUCGAAGUCACUGGAAGAGAACGCCAGUGGUCCUGAGGGCAACAGCGGGACUGCGCUUACUGCCAGAAAAGAAAGCCCAGGCUCUGCUCUUUGAGGUAAAAGAGAUCUUCAGGAAGUCACCUUUCCUGGUACCAGAUGACAGUGUUAGCAUCAUGGAUGGAUCCUAUGAAGGCAUAUUAGCUUGGGUUACUGUGAAUUUUCUGACAGGUCAGCUGCAUGGCCACAGCCAGGAGACUGUGGGGACUCUGGACCUGGGGGGUGCCUCCACCCAAAUCACGUUCCUGCCGCAGUUUGAGAAAACGCUGGAACAAACCCCUAGAGGCUACCUCACUUCCUUUGAGAUGUUUAACAGCACUUAUAAGCUCUAUACACAUAGUUACUUGGGAUUUGGAUUGAAAGCUGCAAGACUAACAGCUCUGGGAGCCCUGGAGACAGAAGGAAUUGAUGGACACACUUUCCGAAGUGCCUGUCUACCAAGAUGGUUGGAAGCAGAGUGGAUCUUUGGGGGUGUGAAAUACCAGUAUGGUGGCAACCAAGAAGGGGAGGCGGGCUUUGAGCCCUGCUAUGCUGAAGUGCUGAGGGUGGUCCAAGGGAAACUUCAUCAGCCAGAUGAGGUCCAGAGAAGCUCCUUCUACGCUUUCUCUUACUAUUAUGACCGAGCUGUUGACACAGACAUGAUUGAUUAUGAAAAGGGGGGUGUUUUAAAAGUUGAAGAUUUUGAAAGGAAAGCAAGGGAAGUAUGUGAUAACCUGGAAAACUUCACCUCAGGCAGUCCUUUCCUGUGCAUGGAUCUCAGUUACAUCACAGCCUUGCUGAAGGAUGGCUUUGGCUUUGCAGGCAACACCGUCUUACAGCUCACAAAGAAAGUGAACAACAUAGAGACAGGCUGGGCCUUGGGGGCCACCUUUCACCUGCUGCAGUCUCUGGGCAUCUCCCACUGAGGCCAAGCCCUUCCUCUGAGGCCUGCAUUUGUCAACCUUGUUAAAGGGAGGACGAGAGAGGAGAGGACUCAGUUGUAUUCUGAGCUAGUCUGGGGACAGCCUAGACUGAAGCCCAGCAGCUGAUUUCAUCUGGAGGAAGGGGCUUUUGUAGACAGGUCUUGCCCUUGAGUCUAGAGGUUUGGACUUAAUUAAUUUUACACCUCAAAUGUGAACUAUUUCCUAACCACUCUUCGUGCACAGCUGGUACCAGAGUCUAAACCUUUGAGGUUCCUUGUGUGUCACAGAGAGCCAAAAGGAAUAGCUUUGGAACUUAACCUUGGGGAACCCAGGGAUGGAACCCUGGGAACCAAAGAAGAAUCUCAUUUCAACCCUUUCAGUGCCUCAUUCCUUUGAACAUUUUAAUUUUCCUCUUACAUGUUACGCUCAGCUGACUGAUUGCAAUCCCAUGACCUAUCAACACCAGUAUUUUCUUUUCCCUGCACGUUGCCCUGUCCCACCUUUAUCUCCACUCACCUACUGAAAAAAAAAGAAAGAAAAAAAUACCUGGUUUUACUUUCCAUGUGUAGUUCAAAGAGGAAAAAAAAAAAAAAAGCCAUAUCUGGGGAAUUCCCUGGAGGUCCGGUGGUUAGGACUACGAGCUUUCACUGCCAAGGGCAUGGAUUCGAUCCCUGGUCGGAGAACUAAGAUCCUGGAAGCUGUGCACGUGGUGUGGCCAAAAAAAAAGGUACCAUAUCUGAAGUUAUGUGAUCCGGCUUUGUGUCAGCACCAAUCAGCCAGCUGACAGCCAUUCUAAAUCUCAGAAGGAUGGAGAGCAACUCACGACUGGGAAGAAGGGAGGCCAGCCAGUUUCUAGGGACAUGUUUUGGGAGGGUGUGGCUGCCUUCUACAGACUACCUUCUUUUAAUUAACUUUUUAUCAGUAAACCGUGGAGUAAUGAACAUAUCCUACCUUAUAGGAAUGUGUGUGUGUGUGUGUGUGUAUGUGUGUGUGUGUUUUCAGUGCUAGUACCUCUUUUCUCAGGCUAAUGUGUUUAUAGUAAUUUGUCAUCCUAAACUUUUCUUUGUAUUUCUAAGAAGUACAUCUAUACCCUAGCUUUUGGUCUGUGGUGAGAGGCCUGUGGCUGUGCUUUUCAAGGAUCUAGACUUUGGCAAUAGCCCCUUUCAGUUUGUCCUUUUAUUCUGUUUACGGCAGUGUCUCUUUCUGCCCUGGCCCCUGAUCAUUUUAGCUAGCAUCCUCUACAUUAUUUGUCUAGUUCUAAGGUUUCUGAACCCUUCUUGAUGAUACCUAACAUUUGAUUUACUUGGCCAUUUUGGCCCACAUCCAUACAGUGGAUGCUCACUUUGAGUUUGAAUGUUCAGACCUCUUGAUUUUGUGAAUUAUGUCCCCUAAAAUUCAUGAUCUUGUACUUUCCCACAUGACCGCCAUUUCCUUGUCUACCCAUGUGACUGCUCUUGGACUUGAAAGAUCUUCCAGUAGUCUGGCUUCUACACCUUGGCUCUUUACCUCCAGCUUCUUUCCAGCAGAGUAUCUCCCCAGACUUGUACUUUUCACAGUAGACUCUCUUUCAGCUUUUUCACAAAAGAUGUUAAAUAUACCUGGCCCUCACAGCAGUCCCUGGGGAACCUUAUUUUUAAAAGUAUUCCAUUGAGUCAAUAAAUAUUUAACAUCUGAUAUGUGCAAAUAACUAGGCAAAUUUCUAUACCCUCAUCCCUCCCAAACUUUAGUUUUUCAAUUCAAUGUGGAUUUUUUUCUUCUUCACAGUGAUUGUUUUUUUUAAGUUUUAUUAUUUUUGGCUGUGUUGGGUCUUCAUUGCUGUGCACAGGCUCCCUCUAGUUGUGGCGAGCGGGGGCUACUCUUUGUUGCGGUGCGCGGGCUUCUCAUUGCGGUGGCUUCUCUUGUUGCGGUGCACCGGCUCUAGGCACAUGGGCUCAGUAGUUGUGGCUCGUGGGCUCUAGAGCGCAGGCUCAGUGGUUGUGGCUCAUGGGCUUAGUUGCUCUGCGGCAUGUGGGAUCCUCCCGGACCGGGGCUCGAACCUAUGUCCCCUGCAUUGGCAGGCGGACUCCUAAACACUGUGCCACCAGGGAAGCCCUUCACAGUGAUUUUUAAUUAUACUAAGGUCACCUUUAUACCUACUGUCUCUUCCUCCAAAAAUGCUAAUACAGAGUGAAAUAAUAGAAUCUUUAGAGUUGGACAGCCCAAAGAUAUAAUCAAUCUUCUACCCAUUGCAGAACUCCCUUAACACUUCUAACAGGUUGUCAUUCAGCUUCUGUGUAGGCAUGUUUCCAGACAACUCAUUCCACUUUGGGAUUGCACUGAUGUUAAAAAAAAUCCCUCCUUCUCAGUAGUCUUAGUUCUGCUCUAAUCCCUCCUUCCACAGCCUUUCGGUCUUCUGAAGAAAACCCCCAAGUCCUUCACAUUCUUUUUAUCACUUGACUUCUAGACCCCCUUCUCAUCUUUGUCUAGAGUAUGGUGUUAGAACCAGUCAUCAUACACGAAAUGCUGUUCUACAAGAUUAGGGGGAGACAAUAAAGACUCCUCCAGCUUGAUGGGUUCAGAGAGGUAAGAUUUCCUGGUCUUUAUCACCACAGCUUGUCUCUGUAGCUUUUCUUAUAAAGGCCACAUAUUGUUCAGCAGACAUGUUCGGUCAUCCCAAAUACUUUCAGAAUUCUUGGGUAGGUGCAUUAUAACUCCAGAAAUGUAUCUACAUGUUUUCUGAUAAUCUUGAUUAGAAUAUCUGGAGAAUUAACCAGUUUAUCCAUUAUAGGAGCAAUUUGGAAUGAGACUUUUUAUUUCUUAGAAAAAACAAUUUGUCUGUAAUGUCCUUUUUGCCCCUCGUGUACCUUUUGGGCCUCUUAUUAAGAGUCCUACAAGGUCCAAUCUUGAUGGUUAGGUUUUCUUUCUGUAAAUGUGUUAUAUAUUUCAAAUAUUAGGACAUGGCCUAGCACAUAGUGGAUUUUGUGUGUUAUCAUCAUCAUAUGAAAACACUGGGUUAUGGAGGUCCUUGCAAGGUGUGCCUUAAAAUUCUUGUCUUGCCUGAUUCUGUUUGCAUACUUUUGCAGAGUCCAUGUUCUUCACACCUGGGCUACCUUUCCAUUUUUUUAUGAAAGAUGACCUUUUUUCCCUACAGUGACCUUUCUGGACUCUGCCAGUAGUCAACACAGCUUUUUCCAGUAGCUGCCAUCUUUCAUUCUGGGCACAUUUUUUCCUGAGAUUCCAGGAAGGUUUGUGACAUUCACACUUUUUUAGUAUCUUAUAAAUUUUCCACAUUUACCUCAAAAGCUCCCCUGUGGUAACAAAUUUUCCAUUCCCUAAAAAUAUUUCCCAAGAAUAGCUUAGGUUGGGUCAAAAGCAGACUGUUCUCCUUUCAUCUGCAAAUCAGACUUCUGGGCAAGAUGUUGUUUGUGGUAUACAGAUCUAAUGGAUCCAAAACUCUCUUCAACAGGUAUCUCUGGUACUGUGAGGUAACUGCUUCUAAAGUGCACAGUAAAACAACCCACCCCCACCCAGGCUGGCACCAGCCUGCAACCACACAUGAACAAAUUCUGCUGCUAAUCAGAUUUUUCCUUUUGACCUAGUUCCUGAGGUCUUUAAACCUGUGCAAUGAAAUUAUUUAUUGUUUUAUAACAGAAUAGUGGUGUCCCACAGAGGAACCAUAAAUGAAAUACGGUGCUGUGAUGAGGAAAUAAUAAUAACUAGCAUUUUAAGAUUCGGUUUUCUUUUCAGAAAGUCUAAUAUACCUAUAAUAAAGGUUAAAGCAAUUUGUGUUUAUUUUGCAUUCUAGUGUUAUUAAUUUUAAAACAGCAAUUCUAACAAAAAUGCAUCAAUUGACUAUUUCUAAUUCUUAUCUUUAUCAAAAAACUGUAUAAAUUUACAACCAGCAUUUUUUUUUUAAUUAUAUAAAUCUUCUCCUUAGAAAGGACUGCUAACAAGUAAAAAUGAAUGAGACAGCACCUUAGCAAUUUUUUAGUAAUAAAAAGUUCUUUUCAAUCAAA